UGUCACUUUAAGAGUCACUCUUCAGUUCUACAUACAUUAACUGCUCCAUUGUUUGUGCUUCAAUUGGAGUAGUAGUACCAUAGAAGGAAGCUCCUUCAAUAGAAGAUACAGAAGAAGAAAAACAAAAACGAAAAUCAACGCAAGAAAUAUAUAUAUACACAACGAAAGAAGUUUAGGACCUCUUAUUUUUUUCUUUUUCUUUUUCUUAAUUUUUUUUUCCAAGCAAUAUUUCAGUACUACUCUGAACAAUGGCUCGAGCUCAAGUGAUCAUGAACCAGAAGGCAUUUUCUGUAUCAGCAGCAAUUCUACUAUGGAUGGUUUUUGCUAGUUUCUUCUUGAUGAGUGUCUUUGUCAAUGGGGAGAGGCUGUUAAAAGACAUAAAACCUGAAACUUUGCCCCAUCAGGAAGAGAAGCGUCCUGGGAUUAUAAUUAGAGUUAUUCAUUUUUUCUGGGAGGGUGGAAAGUCUACCUACCAACAUGUUUGGCCUGAGAUGGAGUUUGGCUGGAAAAUUGUGGUAGGAUCAAUAGUUGGAUUCUUUGGCGCGGCUUUGGGAAGCGUUGGAGGCGUUGGAGGUGGUGGAAUUUUUGUUCCAAUGCUUACUUUGAUUGUUGGUUUUGACCCCAAGUCUUCUACUGCCAUUUCUAAGUGCAUGAUUAUGGGAGCUGCAGGGUCAACAGUUUACUAUAAUAUGAGACUUAGACACCCCACACUGGACAUGCCCCUCAUAGACUAUGAUCUGGCCUUGCUCUUUCAGCCAAUGCUCAUGCUUGGAAUCAGCAUUGGAGUGGCUUUCAAUGUCAUGUUUGCUGAUUGGAUGGUCACUGUUCUGCUCAUCAUUCUCUUUUUAGGUACAUCUGCAAAAGCUUUAUUGAAAGGUAUAGACACAUGGAAAAAAGAGACAAUGAUGAAAAAGAUUUUACUCGAAUUUCAGGAUGCGCAGAAGCAGCAGGAAUCAGAAUCCAAACCAGGUGAUGAAUCUGAGGCAGACUAUAAACCACUACCGAGCGGUCCAGCUGCUAGUGCUAAGCAUGAGGAGGAGGUGCCUAUGCUGCAAAACAUAUACUGGAAAGAGUUAUCAUUGCUAGUGUAUGUCUGGGUGGCUUUCCUUAUUGUUCAGAUUGUUAAGACGUAUGCCGAAACUUGCUCCAUCAAAUUCUGGGUCUUAAACUCCUUGCAGGUGCCAAUUGCUGUAUCAGUUACACUUUUUGAAGCCAUAUGCUUAUACAGAGGCACUAGGGUGAUUGCAUCAAAGGGAAAGGAGAUCACAACUUGGAAGUUACAUCAGAUAUUUAUGUACUGUUCUUGUGGAAUUAUAGCUGGUAUGGUUGGUGGAUUGCUUGGGCUAGGUGGUGGUUUCAUCUUGGGACCCCUUUUCCUUGAACUGGGAAUCCCUCCUCAGGUGGCAAGUGCUACAUCAACAUUUGCUAUGGUUUUCUCAUCUUCCAUGUCAGUUGUACAAUACUACCUUCUCAAUCGUUUCCCAGUCCCAUAUGCUUCUUACUUUGUUCUAGUUGCUACAAUUGCUGCUUUCACUGGUCAGCAUGUAGUUAGAAAAAUAAUAGCAAUUCUUGGCCGAACAUCUAUAAUCGUCUUCAUACUAGCGUUAACAAUCUUCAUCAGCGCAAUCAGUUUAGGUGGAGUUGGCAUAGCAAAUAUGGUUGAGAAGAUGGAAAACCAAGAAUACAUGGGAUUUGAAAAUUUCUGUCACCAGUCUUGAGUAUGUUGUGUGAUAUAAAGCACUGGGAUUUCACUCUUUUUUCUUUUAAUGGUAAUAUUUGAGUACUGGAAAAUCAAUUGAUUGUACCAGCAGCAGCUACCCAAAAUCUCCAUAAUUUUCUUAUGCAUCUCAUAAAAAUGUUCUCCUUGUGAAACAAUGUAAUUUGCCAUUAUUCAACAAUCAUUGUAACAGAACUGUUCUUUAAUAAUACAAUAAGAUGUUAAUGUUUCA